CUAUUUAUACCCCCAAAAUAAAAACGGUACAACCAGAUUCUAGGGUUUCCCUCUCUCUUUAAUCUUUAUACGAUAUCUGUGUUUCGUAACUUUUUUAAUUUUCUAGGAGCGGUACUACUACGCUCCUCCCUUACUGACAAAAACCCUUUAGAUUUUCCGUCAUUCUUUCUUUCCAUGAUUUGUACUUUUUAAUUUUCUUACCUUCCAAACAGAUCUUUACCCCCCAAAACCCAUUGAUUUUUCCUGCCAAUUCCACAAAAUUCGUUUCCUUCUCUGACAAAUCCCUCGCUUAUGCUCCGCUCCAUCUUUGCCUCCAAUCCCGAUGCAGCUCGCCAAUUCGGACCAACCCGCUUCCGAAUCCCCCAAAAACUCGGAAAAGUCCGAAACUUCAAAACCCCCCAAGCCCUCCGUGGUUGACGAUGGCGAUGCUGAUGCCGAGGAUGGACCGGUUCUUGAUGUUUCCGGGAAAAGUUUCGAGGUUUCGACGUUGGAGAACUCAAACGACGCCGUGGAGGGUUUGUAUCUGUACAAAAACGUGUUCAAUUUGAUACCGAAAUCGCUGGCCGGGCUCGGGCGGCUGAAGAGGUUGAAGUUCUUCGGGAAUGAGAUUAAUUUGUUUCCUUCGGAGUUUGGGAGCUUGGUUGGAUUGGAGUGCUUGCAGGUUAAGAUAUCGUCGCCCAGUUUUGGUGGGUUGCCACUGAAUAUGCUCGAGGAUUUGAAGGAGCUUGAGCUUUCUAAAGUGCCGCCUCGGCCUUCGGCUUUCCCGAUACUUGGCGAGAUUGCUGGCCUCAAGUGCCUGACUAAGCUCUCUGUUUGCCAUUUUUCCAUAAGAUACCUUCCUCCAGAAAUUGGCUGCUUAAAUAAGUUGGAGUUUCUAGAUCUUUCAUUCAAUAAGAUGAAGAGUUUGCCCACUGAAAUAAGUAAUUUGAAUGCCUUGAUAUCAUUUAAAGUUGCUAAUAAUAAAUUGGUGGAACUCCCUUCGGGUUUGUCCGCUUUGCAAAGGCUGGAGAACUUGGACCUCUCAAAUAAUAGGCUGACAUCAAUAGGGUCUCUUGAACUUGACUCAAUGCAUAACCUUCAAAAGUUAAAUCUCCAGUACAAUAAGCUCCUCAGCUAUUGUCAAAUACCUUCAUGGAUAAGCUGCAAUUUGGAAGGGAAUGGUAGAGAUGCAUCCAAUGAUGAUUUCAUCAGUUCUUCAGUUGAAAUGGAUGUGUAUGACACUACCAUGGAAAAUGAGAGAAGUCUUUCCUGUAAUGAUGCAGGCUCUAGUCAUACAUCACCAACCUUAUUAACUGUGACAUCAUCAAACAGUAGAUGCUUCGCAGCCCGUAGGACAGGCAAGCGAUGGAAACGACGGUAUUAUUUGCAGCAGAAAGCUCGUCAAGAACGCUUGAACAACAGUAGAAAGUGGAAAGGUAUAGAUUGUGACAAGGUGUUAACUAUGAAAGCAGAAGAAAACAUCAAAUCCAGCAACCUCAAUGUCCCUGCUACUGAAACUUGUGUAGAAGGUGCCUCAGACAUUGUAGGUGUGGAUGAUGAUGAUAAGCAAAUUGUUUCUGGAGAAGCUGAAAGUGAAAAUUUGCCUAGUGUGGCCAAGGAUAAUGAAAUUGGUUCCAGAAAGGGGUUUGGUGACUCUGCUCCAAAAAGAAAAGGGGGUGAAGAUGAAUGCUGUGAACCUGACUUAUCUCUGAUCUCCACACAGAAUGGGGCUGGUGAGGAAGAUGAAGGUUCGUCUUCAGAAACAUUGAAAAGUAUCUCCAAGUCAAAAAGGCAUUGUGAUAGGGAUCUUGAUAAUCCCAAGCCAUGCAAGUCUCGUAAACCAAUUGAAGAUAGCUCAAAUUUGUCUCACAAGUACAGUAAUGACUCAUUUUGUAGCGUUGAGGAUCAUCUACCAGAUGGUUUCUAUGAUGCGGGGCGUGACCGACCCUUCAUGUCACUGAGUGAUUACGAGCAAAACUUGCAUCUUAAUUCACGUGAAGUCAUUCUUGUGGACAGGAAGAGGGAUGAAGAGUUAGAUGCGAUUACACUAUCUGUUCAAGCAUUGGUGUUUCAUUUCAAGCAAUUAAAUGGUUUAAGCAGAAAUAGGGAUCAGGAUGCUGUUGAUGUCCUGCAGAUUGCAUCAUUGCUUGCUCUUUUUGUAUCAGAUCAUUUUGGAGGUAGUGAUAGAGGUGCUCUUGUUGAAAGGACACGAAAAGCAGUCUCUGGUUCAAACUAUCAAAAGCCCUUUGUUUGCACUUGCUCAACUGGAAACAGAGAGAGUAUUGGUACAACCAACAAGGCAGUUGUGGACACUGUUGAAGAUAUUAUUUUUUCUGAUCUCUGUGAGAAAUCCAUCAGCUCUAUUAAAGUAAGAAGAAAUUCUGUAAUAGUUCCUAUAGGGGCCCUGCAGUUUGGUGUGUGCAGGCAUAGAGCAUUGCUCAUGAAGUAUUUAUGUGACCGGAUGGAGCCUCCUCUACCUUGUGAGCUUGUCAGGGGUUACCUGGAUUUCAUGCCACAUGCCUGGAAUGUUGUUCCCAUCAAGAGGGGUGAUUCUUGGGUUCGCAUGGUUGUUGAUGCAUGUCGUCCACAUGAUAUAAGAGAAGAGACAGACUCGGAAUAUUUUUACAGAUACAUUCCUCUCAGGCGGACUCCAGUUCCCCUUUCAAGUGAAACUGGAUUAGGUGCUGAUUGUUCUUUUUCGUCUAUAUCUUGUUGUGAUGAAAUUGAGAAGGCGGGUUCUAGCUCUCUUGUUCGUUGCAAAUUUGGAUCCGUUGAGGCUGUAGCAAAGGUGCGUACUUUGGAAGUAUGUGGGACUUCAGCGGACAAAUUAAGUAAUUUUGAGUACAGUUGUUUAGGGGAAGUAAGAAUUUUAGGUGCUUUGAGACAUUCCUGCAUAGUAGAAAUGUAUGGACAUCAAAUAUCUUCUAAGUGGGUUUCUUCAGUGGAAGGAAAUCCGGAGCGUCGUAUAUUAACUUCUGCAAUUUUCUUAGAGUAUAUAGAAGGGGGAUCUUUAAAGAGUUAUGUAGAGAAGCUAUCAAAAGCUGGCGAGAAGCAUGUCCCAGUGGAGUUGACAUUGUGCAUUGCUAGAGAUGUUGCUUGUGCAUUGGCAGAGCUGCAUUCGAAACACAUUAUUCAUCGUGACAUAAAAAGUGAAAACAUUUUGAUUGAUUUGGAUAGGAAGAGAGCUGAUGGAAUGCCAGUUGUGAAGCUCUGUGAUUUUGAUAGAGCAGUGCCUCUUCGCUCUCACUUACAUACCUGUUGCCUUGCUCAUAUUGGAGUACCUCCUCCUGAUGUUUGUGUUGGAACACCUCGUUGGAUGGCUCCAGAGGUUCUGCGGGCAAUGCAUGAACGCAACACAUAUGGACUGGAAGUUGAUAUUUGGUCAUUUGGCUGUGUGCUUUCGGAAUUAUUAACUUUGCAAGUCCCGUAUCUUGGAUUAUCUGACUCACAUAUAUAUGAUCUCCUUCAGAUGAGCAAGCGACCACAAUUGACAGAUGAGCUGGAGGCUUUAAGCUCAAUCAGUGAGCCAGCAAUGGCUCAAUCUGGUGCUGAGCUGGUGGAAUCAGAGGCUGAAUUAGAAACAUUGAGCUUCCUUGUUGAUUUAUUCCGCCGGUGUACUGAGGAAAAUCCAAAAAACCGUCCUAAAGCUGAAGAACUCUAUGAAAUGUUGCUUGCACGCACUAGCAAUGCUACCAGUUCAAGAUGUUAGGAACAGAAGUAGCUUUGCCUUGGGUAAUAAUCUCUCUCACACUUUUUAAGUUUUGUAGCACUAGUGACUAGGACGUCUUAUUCUUAUAUUUUUAUUUAUAAAUCUUGGGAUCAAAUAUUUAGAUUUGCCCAAUAAUUAUUGUAGUUUCACUGGUUAGUUUAGCAGCCACAGUGAGUUAUGUUUCUGUAUCAGUAACAUCUGAGGUUUAGGUACAUUCGGGACAUCAAUUAUCUGUAACCCGUUUUCCUCUCUUUGUUGGGUUAGUAACAUGCAUUCUGAUUGAGAUCUGUAAAUUUUGUAGGUAGUUCUGUUUUUGGGUUGUGCAAUUCUUAAGCGUCCUUGUAACUUUCCCAAAUGUAAGUAGACUUUUAUUAAUUUAUAAAAAGUAACUCCAAUUUUGAUUUGGCA